AUGGAUCUGUCCAAGUGUGUGAUCGUCUUGUUAGCGUGCAGUGCGGUCUGCUGCGCGUCCUCGGCGACGAAGGACGAGGACAGCUUCGUGGACAAGGGUGUCAGAGCGAUGUACAGGGUCUACGAGGACUGUCAGACUCGUAAUAUAGCUAUAUCGCCGUGUCUGAAGAAGAAAGCGAUAGCGUUCUUUGAAAGACUGGGUAGAAUGCAUAUUCUGCCGUUAUCGGAGAACUUUGAACUGAUCAGAACCGCGGAAGUAACCACGAAGAGUUCGGUGAACGAGCUGGAGGCCAGUUUGGGUAGGACCGUUACUGGCAAGGAUGAAAUACUGAACGAAAUUCUGUUGGAUAGAGUGGCCUCGCUGUUGAACAGCUUCAAUAUUCAGAUUCGUUUACCAAAGACUACACCUGGGGAACUGAAGAGAGGGAUGGAAGAGGGCCGAGGUAAGAUGAAGAAAAUGAUGGGCAUGAUGAUGAUGGGAUUCGCUAUGAAGAUGAUGAUGAUCCCGUUGGCACUUGGUGUACUCUUCUUGCUGGCUGGAAAGGCGCUGAUCGUCAGCAAGAUCGCUCUAGUUCUUUCUCUGAUCAUCGGACUGAAGAAGCUUCUGAGUCAGAAGCAAGGACACGAUCAUGGCGGCUGGCAACAAGGAGGCGGUGGAUGGGACAGGAGUCUGAAGAUUCUUCCUGUCUCUACAACGACACAGGCGAGCCGGGAUUACGCGCACAACUUGGCCUACUCGGCGCGGCAUCAACAAUGA